AACUAUUAUAUUAAUCUGACUAUCCACAAUCACAUUAUUGUAUGCAUAUAAUCGUACUCAAUGUCUGUGUGAUCCUUUGUAUGUUGUAGAUGCAGGAGGUGCAGCAGAUCAAGGAGAUGACCCUGGCCAGUAACCGCAGCCUAGCAGAGCAGAACCUUCAACUGCAGCCCAGACUGCAUCACAAGAAGAGCCAGCUCACCAAGCGCUACAGCUCCCUACAGGAGAGCUUUGAGGCCUACCAGGUUUACAAAUCCAAACUAGGUAAUACAUGUUAAACUAGGUAAUACACGCUACAGGAUUAAGGUUCCUGCCCGUUGGGCCAUUCUGUCUUGGACAAGGCUUUCUUACUGUUUGCAAAAUUAGAGUAUAUUUGAAUUUACAAUGCAUGACUGUUGACAUGAAUAGGUUGAUAUGAUAAACAACUUUUAUGUUUGUUGACAUAAACAUGGUGCUGCUAUUAACGGUUUGUGUGAUGGCUUUACGGUUUGAAGAAGUUCAAUGAUAUUACCUGGAUUGCCAAAUUGACAACUCACUUUGAGCUUUUGAACAUUGUCGUUGACUAUCAUGGAGGGUAGUUUGUGACGUUGCAUAAUAUUUUUCUCUUGUUUGUUCUUCCGUUAGAUCAUGACACACAGACCUGACCAGUUUCUCCAACUUUUCCCAUCAGAAGGCCCCCGGGCCUGUAUAGAGGCCCUAACCCAGUUUCAUCUUCCCUCCUGCACUAGCUAAUCUCUGCCAGUAUUGAGCAGGAUCCAGCAUUGAAUUAGAUUCCUGCUAUACUGCAGUAGCUGAGAGAGAGACAGAGGUAGAGGGCGAUGGGGGUAGAGGGCGACGGGGGUGGAGAGAGAGAGAGAGAUGUAUACCCACAUGUUGACACUCCUCCACAGCACUUUGUGUGGGAUGGAUGUGGGUACGCAGACCCACAAGUCACUGCGGCCCCCAUGAUGAGUUCUGUUUUUUUGUGGCCCCCACCCCUAUCAAAGUUGCCCAACCCUGAUCUAGGAGGUCUACGGACAGUUCCUUGGUAUAGUUUCUGCUCUGACAUGCACUGUCAACUCUGGAACCUUAUCUAGACAGAUGUGUUUCUUUCUAAAUCAUGUCCAAUCAAUUGAAUUGGCAACAGGUGGACUCCAAUGAAGUUGUAGUGACAUCUCAAGGAUGAUCAAAGGAAGGCUUUAGGGGACCCCCACCCGCGUCCUAUGCCACUGAAUAAAUUGACUGCUGAUACUUAUGACCUGCUAUGUCUCAGCAGUUGCCAGGAAGCCCACUCCAAACAGCAUGCCAACAUUUCACUUCAGUCUUUGUUCUGGCGGCUUUAGCACUCACUGAUAAAGUUAGUUUGACUUUGUAUUCUCCUCUAGUCACAGGAGCAGUGAUUUGGCCCUCCCUAAGGCAUAGGCUGCCAUUUUCCCUCCUUCCGUUGAACAGGAUUUCUGUCUCUCUCUGCCUCCUGUUGUACACAGUAGAUGGUAUUGUGCUUUUAUAUUUUUACAAUUUAGUAAUUUAGCAGAAGCUCAUAUCCAGAGUGACUUAGUGCAUUCAUCUUAAGAUUGCUAGGUGGGACAACCAAAUAUCACAGUCAUAGUAAGUACAUUUUUCCUCAAUAAAGUAGCUAUCAGUAAAGUCAGAGCUAGAAAGAAGAUGGGCAGGGACUCUGCUGUGCUAGCUGCAGGGGGAAGCUGGUUCCACCAUUGGGGUGCCAGGACAGAGAAGAACUUGGACUGUGCUGAGCAGAAACUGCCCUCCCAUAGGGGUGGGAGGGCCAGGAGACCAGAGGUGGCAGAACGGAGUGCUCCGGUUGGGGUGUAGGGUUUGAGUUUAGCCUGAAGGUAGGGAGGGGCAGUUCCUCUUGCUGCUCCGUAGGCAAGUACCAUGGUCUUGUAAUGAAUGCGAGCUUCGACUGGAAGCCAGUGGAGUGUGCAGAGGAGGGGGGUGACAUGGGAGAACUUGGGAAGGUUGCAGGGGUUUGAUGGCACAAGCGGGGAGCCCAGCCAACAGCGAGUUGCAGUAGUCCAGACAGGAGAUGGCAAGUGCAUGGACUUUUAUAUUCCCAUGCUCCACUUGUGUGGCCGUUUAUGUUAUGGAAGGCCUCGCCUCCUGCCAUUUGUUGAUGGCAAGAUGGCUUUUGUCAAAUGUAGGUUACUGGUUUCCCUAUGUGCUGGCUGGCUGGCGCUGUCUGUCCUAGUUGUGGAUUUGCUGUAAGCAGCAGUAGCAGCAGCCGUAGUGCAUCUUUAUGGGAAGGACAGAGCAGGGCUGUGUCCCAAAUGGCACCCUAUUCCUGCGCAAUAUAGUGGAUAGGGUGCCAUUUGGGAGACAACCCACAGCGCUGGGAGCAACUGAACUCAGCCAUGUGACCCAGAUGAAAAGCAUGGUCUUCAGGCAGAAUCAACCCAGUAUUGUUUGGUCUGUGUGUUUCCUUUGCAUACAGUGACUCCCUCCAUCCUCCACCAUGGCAACGGCAACAAGGGUGCUUCAGAAGAUGCUCCAGGGUGGUAGUGAGUGCAGGGCCAGGGUGGCAGGACAGACUGUGCCGCCCUGCCCCUUAGUACAGCAGCGGGCUGUUGUGCUGCCGGGCGUGUGAGGGCAAAAGUGCAUGGGAGGGAGGGAGCGAAAGGGAGAGUGGCCAAAAACUCCCCCUCACUGUCAUGGAGGCUGGUCUGUAUCCAUUACUAAAUGGCACUCAUGAUCCCUGGGUCCAAACUGUGUGUGUGUGUGUUCCACUCUGGUCUUUCAGAGGUGGAGAAUCAUUCCAUUGUAUGGAGGAGUGCUGAUGCUCCUGUGAGUCUGUCUCGUUGGAGAGGGGAUGAGCGAGUCGUUUGGCUGGAGCCAUAGAGAGUGUAGAGACCCUGGCUGGGCCAGAGGAAGAGCUUCUAUCCUCCUAACACCUCACUCUGCAACUCACACCCACAGUACACUUGGAUUUGGUUCUAAUACACUACUUGGAACAUGUCUAGUUCACAAAUAAAUCCAACAAUCUCAGUCAUGCCAAUUGGAUCGAUGACCACUUCCCCUCCCCCAUCCUCCCUGUUUAAAUGUUGUUUUCCUGUGAUGCUGUCAUGAGAGUGGUGAUGGUGGACACUGGACAGACAGUAGUUCACUCUCUGGCAGUGUGGUAAUUCACUGUGAGUGGGUGCACUCCACUAGCUGGGGCAACUGUGAAACGCCGUUCAUCACAUGCCUGGGGAAAGGUCGUUAAAUUAAGCCAGUUUUUAUUUGGCACUGAGCAGGGAGGUGGAGGGGGCCAGGCCUUUGUCCAGGCUUUACCGUGUUUUCUCUCGAUGACUGUCUUUCUCUCUGUCUCUCUGUCUCCGCCGGUCUCCGUCUGUCUCUCUCUCUGUCUUUCUUUCUUUCUUGCUGGAGCUCCUUGAUGGAAUGUAUGGCUCAUAUCUGUCUUAUUAUGACAAGUCAAAUGGGUUUACGCAUACUUAUUUUGUUAUUACACAAACAUUGUAAUAACAGAUAUGCUGAAACAUAUAACACAUACAAAUAUUUCCAACCGCUCAUGUUCUCGCCUUAUAGGCUACAUGAGGUCUGUCUUUCUGUAAGGUGGGAUUUGUCCAGUGUUGGUGAAAUAUGAGAGAGUUGGCAUUGGCACCACACUAGUGGGCAGGGAUCAGAAACCUAGAGGUUUGCUGUGUGACCUGGUUGCUUUGGUGUCAGGUCCUGCAUGUAAUUCCAGCAGCUCCAGCUGGUAUUGACUUUCAGUCAGCAGACUGACUCAACACAGGAACAGGAACAAGGCUGGCCUCUUGUUCAGAUUCCUUGGAGACUCCCUGACUGUGCCAAAUAGCACCCCAUACUCACAUAGGGCUCUGGUCAAAAGUAGUGUACUAUUUAUGGAGUAGGGUGCAUUUACAGACGCAGGCCCCAAUCUAUUUCAGUUCACCACUCAUUAUGAAAGACCGUCAGUCUCUUUGCUCAGAGUGGAUCUAUCCUGGCAACUCGUAAUGAGGCCUUGGUUCGGGUGUCAGUCAGAGGAUGUUGUUGUAGAGAAUGAGUGACGGCUGGAUAUGGAGCUGUGCGUUUCCCCCCUCACUGGUUGAAUACUCCCUCAUACUUAUGUAGUAGUCAUCAUGUUAGUCAGUGUCUCAUGUUAUUGAGGCCUACUCAUUCUUUUCAGCAGUACAUUUUAUUCGGGUGACUAUGAGAGGCAAUUUUUUUUUUGAUUAUUUCUAGUUGCGGUUGUAAAACAAAAUGUAAACAUUUGUCUUGUCCUUUCUGUUCUCUCUUCUGUUCAGACCACACAUUUUCAAGUGUUGUCACUGUGAGAUUAUGAAUUCUAGUUGCAGUAGUAAACAAAAUGUCAACUUUUUAUUUUAUUUUUUCUCAUCUGCUCACAGACCACAGCUCUGGGAACAGUUCAUUGGACACAUUGCUUGCUCUAUUGCAGGCAGAGGGAGCCAAGAUUGAAGAGGAGACCGAGGUAAGCAGCAUUACAACACCUCUCUCUCUGUCAAAGGAUGGCCUAAUGUCUCUUGUGCCAUCAGUUUAAACACUGUGUCCUGCCUUUCCUGUUUUUAUUUCCGCUGUGGCCCACAGGGCCUAUCAUUUAUGGUUUAUUAAUCUGACUUUAUGGUCCCGUUUGUUACAAGUUGGGAGAACACCUCACAGUUUUGUUACUGUCCAAUCCUCACAUCUAUUCAUCACAUUGUUUAUACUUUAUUUUAUUUAGCAUAAAAAAAGAUUUGCGUUUGCAUGGAAUCUCCAGACUGCUUCAUUGGAAUGUUUUAAAACCAUCCCUCUUUUCUAAAAAGAACAUGGCUGACUCCUUCUUGGACGGCGACGUCACCCUGGAUGCCUUCAUGGACUCGUACCAGAGCAACAGGAAGCUAGCCCACCUGAGGAGGGUGAAGAUUGACAAGCUGCAGGAGAUGGUGCUGAAGGGUGGGCGGCUGCCUCGGGUCCCAGUCCCCUGCUCCCACCCUCAGGAGGUCUCAGCCAGGCCAGCCCCCCUCUACACAGAUGCCAACAACCACAACCCCUUUCCAGUGCCCCAGCCAAGGAGAGCCCCCCCUCCCCCUCCAGCCCAACAACCCUCAGCUGUAGCCCCACAGCCCCAGCCUGCUGUCUUCUCCUACCCUGCCACCCCAUACCCCCCUAUCCCCCCCAGGGUGGGCCACUCUUUGCUCAGUGUCAACCCUGGGUAUCUGCAGCCUUUCGUGUCUCAGUACCCCCCUGCCCUGCCUCAGAGGCCUCCCCCUCGCAUGGCUCCGCAGUCUGGCUUCAUGAUUCAGUAG